AGUAUUUUGAUUCUGUCUCAAUCUGACAUUUUACUGUGGAUUCUAAGAUUCUCUUUCCAGAAUCAGAACACCCUUCUUUUGGUAAUGGAAUUUAUGGACAGAUAAGAUUGUGGCUACCGUUUGGACUUGACUUGUGAGGAUGAAUCCAGGAAUGCCAAUAGUGAUAGACUGGAAGAGUUGGGAAUUUCGUAAAAAAUGCAUUUCCGAAAUGGAGAAAGUCAUGCCCAAAGCGCCAGACUUCAACAUAUCGGCGCAUGAACUGGAGAGCAGGAUCUUCCUGAAAGCCACCUGCAGGGAAGAGUACGUCAAUUAUGUCAAAGCUUGCCUGAUCAAAGUCCCUCAGCAAAUAGCCAAUCGAGCCCAGGCUGCUCAGCAGCAGGCUGACCAGCAGCCAGCGGUUUCCGGCAUGGGCGCUGCUUCCCAGCCGCAGUCCACCGGUCAGGCGCCCAUUCAUUCCGGCGACGAGAUGCAGACCCAGCCGCCUGAACCCCCUAUCCGACGUCCAUGGGAAUGAUGCCGGGGGAAACGACUGCGUAGGGACAAAAUUCCGGCAUGAUGCCCAGCUGCCUCGGUUACGGGCAACAGUUCUCCGGACAACCGCCCGCCGGCCGCCGACACCAACUAUCCUCAGCCGCAAUAAUUCCCAACUCGCGAUGAGUUUUCGUUACUUACACUCCUUUCUCUGUUUUUUUUUGGCUUGUGCGUGCUAUUGUAGACUGUAGUUACUUAGGCGAUUCGUGUUCAUCAAAUUUCAAGUAGUGCAGCUAUCGCUUGUCGGGUUUGUUAGUUGGUGUAUGUUGCCUGUUUUUCAAGGUUUUUUUAAGGGGGAAAAUAGUUCGUUUGUUUCUUGCCGAAGCAGUUUUUUGUUACUGGUUUUAAACUUUUAAUGAGAUCUGAGCUGUUUCCUGUUGAUCAGGUAGCAGAACAUAAAUACAGGCUGCACUGA